CGUAAAAUUUAUCAAAGCAGAGAAGAAAGUAAAAAUAUGGUAUUCAAGUAUACAAGAUAAGUAUAUCUGAUGUAUUAAACGAUCGCGUUGAAACGGUGAAAUAAUUUAUAUUAUUUUUAUACGUUUCCAGGCUACGACUGUUCUGGAUCGCAUUAGAAGAGCGAGAAGAAUUUUGGAUCCUUUGAGCGAAGAAUUCAAGACCGACUCGCAGGCUCACUUACCGUUAGAGCUCCCCGAGGUAUACGAGAAUUGGAUCGACAAAGAAAACUUCGAGAUCAUGUCCGCUAGCCAAGAGGAAACCGCAAUAUCUCUUCAAAACAAUCCCGGCCAACGAUCCAAAAAGAAAACCUUGACUCGUCUAGAAUGCGACCACUGUCGACGAAAGUUCUUGAAGAAGAGUAACUUGGCGGAGCAUUUGAAGAAACACAAACACAAGUGUUCUGACUGUCCGAAGACUUUUAGACUUCGUCGAUACCUAGCUUCUCACAUAGAGAAGAUCCAUCGACGUCAAGUGUACGAUUGCAGUGUUUGCGAAUACAAAAGCAAUAACAAGGGAACACUGAAGAAUCACUACAUUCGUCUACACACGACUAAUUACAAUUUCGCUUGCGACACUUGUGGCAAACAAUUCAAGAUAAAGAAAGCAUUGAACCAUCACGUGAAACAAAAUCAUAGCGACGCGCCACCAAUAGUGUGCGACGUUUGUGGCCACUUCAGCAAGAAUCUUCAUGCUCUCAAGGCUCAUAUGAAGUACAGACACUAUAAGCCUGAGUUUAUCUGCAGAAUCUGCAGAAGGGGGAUGACGACUCAAGAGAAUUUGGAGCAACACUUAACCUGGCACGAGACCAGGGAAAAGGUGCUCUGCCCCACGUGUGGAAAGAGAUUUCGAGGUCGGGAUUUGGACUCUCAUAUGCGAGUGCAUACAGGAGUCAAGCCUUUUCCUUGUCCUGUUUGUGGAAAGACAUUCAGAAGGCAGACUGCCCAAGAGCAGCAUGUUCUCAUUCAUACAGGAAAGAGACCGUAUGUUUGCGAUAUCUGUGGGCAGGCGUUUGCUCAGAAACCUGGGCUGAUUUGCCAUAGGAAGCGCCAUCCUGGACCUCUGCCUCCAUUGCCUGUCGUAUCCAUCAAGAAUAUCGUCACGGAGUUCACUAAGGAAUAUACUAUGAAGAAUACGAUUAUUAAAAUUGAAUAAAUGGGUAAUUCAAAUGAGCGAGGUUGUAAGAGGUUUGGGAUUGAUGUAAAGAAAAGCUGUAAAUAACUACGUUAAAUCAUUCAGGGUUAAACGAUGAAAUAAUACGCAAAAAAUGCGUACAUCAGCAUCGUUGGAAUUAUAGCAAGUCGGAAACACGCAAUAAAUCUCUAUGAUUUAAAGAAAUUAUAGCUUAUCAUAGUAUCACAAAUGCUCAAUUUCUUUAAAUUUCAGGAAAUUAUAGAUCUAGGGUCCAGGUGCAAUAUUGCAAUCCUUCCUCGCAAACAGUAUUCGUACAAAAGCAGAAUUUUACAAAGCAAGUUGAAUAACAAAAAAUCGUAAAUGGAUUGAAUUUUACUGGUCCUUAAUGAGUUAAUAGGAUAGCGAAUGGAUUAUUGAAGAGUUCAUCGAUACGUCUGAAAAAUCUAUUUUUGUUUCGAAGAAAUAUAUAUAAUUUGAAUAUUGUACCGGCGUACUUCACUCUUUUCAUAUAUUUCAUGUCGCUGAUUGUUGGAUGUUAUCGAAUAAGCGAGGAAUUUUAUUCGUUUUGUUUUACUUGUGUAUAGAGCUUGAAUUUACCUAUUAAUUCACGGUUUCUACGAAUUUUUCACUAUAAAACAGUGCAUUUGUAAUUUUACAAAUUAAGCGUAACGUACAAUUUUACGGCAUUUUUUUAUAAGAAACUUUAAUAUUGCUUUUUAAACUACCAUUUUUGGAUUGGCAUUUUUGUACUAAAAACGAGUAUUUGGGUUUUAUAAAUACUUUUAAGAUUUUUAAACAAUACAGUUGUUUCUAUCGUUCCUUUAUUGAUGAAAUAUGAAUUUUUAUAUUUUAAAAAUGUUUUCUACGAAUGUUGUUUGUAUUUCUUACUGUAUUCCAAACUUUUUAAUAAAACUGUGGUUAAAUAAAA